AAAUGUAGCCGAGCGGCUUGACUACAUUUCCCGGAAGGCUAUGCGUGAGAGGCGGCCUCUUUUCGAACGCGGUGAGCGGAGUUCUGGGAAUUGUAGUCUUCCGGUUGUUCCGCGUCCUAGGGCUCUGUCUUUCUCAUGUGGCCUAUCGAGGGAAGGGAAGAAAAUGUCGUUUGUGGUGCCGAAAAGGGCAGGAGUGACGCUCAAGCAGGUGAAGAGUAUCUUGGUCACCUUCUGUCCGUUCGAGACCAAUGUGGAAAGCACCAGAAAUUUUCUUCAGUGCCUAUACACAAAGAAAGCAUGUGCAUCCAACACCAACUGUGAAGUGAAAACAGAUGUAAAACAUGAUGGGUCUGAACCAGUAAUAAACAUCACAUUUGCUGAUGGUGACAGACUGAUUAUGAAAGGAGCCAACUUAACAAUUAGAGAAAUGCUAAGUGCAUUCAAUUCGAGAUGUGAAGCCAAAGAACUUUUGGCAGAGAAGGUUCAGAAAAAGAGUUCCUGAAAGACAACAAAGGAACAGUUAGAAUGUUUAAUGUGACACAUGAAAAUCGACCAACAAUUUCUUCACUCAGAAUGACAACAAGGACUCUGCCUAGGUGGAUAUGGACACAAUGCACAUUGGCUCUGACAAAUUAUUGAAUGAUGCCUAUAAACUUUUGGUUAAAGAUUAAAGCUUUGCUGUAGUA